CCCCCCCCCCCCGUCAGCCCGUCCCUCCUCCGCGCACGGAGAAGCUCCCCUCUCUCCGCUGUCCAAGUUCACAGACCCGCUGAGAGUGUGGAGAGUUUAGUUUGGCUGAGUGUUUGAGUCUGAACAAUAUCUAUACUUUUGACUCACUUUGGAUAGAUAGACGUCUGAUAAAGUUGGUAUAGUUUGUCAGGCCUUUGUGGAGAGAAUAACUUUGACACUUUUUCAACUUUUUGAACAUUUGGCGUCUUUGUUUCCUCUUCAUCCAGACUGAUACAUGUUGAUGGCGCGGUCUAACCAAGAUGGACUCGGGUUGUCUGCCGGUUGGAGACUAGAUAACAGCUUCUCCCAUUAGAUCUAGAUGUAGACUUUAUCAAAUUACCCGCUGUAAACUUGUUAUUUGUUAACUGGAUGUAACCGGACUGGGUCUUUUCCACCCCAGAGGUCACAUCCCUAUAAUGAACAUUUUCUCACUGAAGUUUCGGUGAACUUUUCCCACGACAUGUCGGGAGUGGUCCGCACCCUGAGCCGCUGCCUGCUCCCGGCCGAGGCCAGCCGAGACUCGGGCAGCAGCAAGGAGAGGAGCCGGGAGAAGGACGUGGCGCAGGAGCGGGAAGCGAAGCGCAGGAGCCGGGAGAUAGACGCGAUGAUCGCCCGGGAGAGGAGAGCCAUCCGCCGGCUGGUGAAGAUUCUGCUGCUGGGGGCCGGAGAGAGCGGAAAGUCCACAUUUCUCAAACAGAUGCGCAUCAUUACGGGGCACGAGUUUGAUAAGAAAGCACUUCUGGAUUUCAGGGACACCAUCUAUGAGAAUAUACUGAAGGGCAUGCGUGUGUUGGUGGACGCGCGGGACAAGCUGGGCAUCAGCUGGCAGAGCUGUGAGAACGAGAAGCAGGGCAUGCUGGUGAUGUCGUGGGAGGGACGAGUGGGCGGCACGGGGGUCGAGCCCAGUGAGUUUCAGCUGUACGUGAUGGCACUGAGCGCUCUGUGGGCGGACACCGGCAUACAGGAGGCUUACGCGCGACGAUCUGAGUUCCAACUGAGUGAAUCGGUGAAAUACUUCCUGGAUAACUUGGAUCGUAUUGGUCAACUGAGCUUUCUUCCCAGCAAGCAGGACAUUCUGUUUGCCAGGAAAGCCACUAAAGGCAUCGUGGAGCACGACUUCAUCAUCAAGAAGAUUCCCUUCAAGAUGGUGGACGUUGGAGGUCAGAGGUCCCAAAGACAAAAGUGGUUCCAGUGUUUUGACGGGAUCACAUCAAUACUCUUCAUGGUGUCAUCGUCAGAGUACGAUCAGGUCUUGAUGGAGGAUCGGAGGACGAACCGUUUGGUGGAGAGUAUGAACAUCUUUGAGACGAUAGUCAACAACAAGCUCUUCCUCAACGUCUCCAUCAUCCUCUUCCUCAACAAAACAGACUUGCUGGUGGAAAAGAUCCGCACGGUGGACAUACGCAAAAACUUCCCUGAGUUUAGAGGAGACCCACACAGGCUAGAGGACGUACAGGCAUUCUUGGUGCAGUCGUUCAGCCGGAAGAGGAGAAACCGGGGGAAGCCUCUGUUCCACCACUUCACCACCGCCAUAGACACAGAAAAUAUUCGCUUUGUCUUCCACGCCGUCAAGGACACCAUCCUGCAGGAAAACCUCAAAGACAUCAUGCUGCAGUGACGUUCACCCUGCAGACAUCGUUUUAACUGUGAAGAGACGCCUCAGAUGCUGGCCUGCUUUAAUCUGACACUACAGCGCAGGAGUGCACAUUAACCCUGACCUGUGGAGUCGACACAGCGUGUGGAUAUAACUGAACUCUAAACCUGUGGAGCCGUGAAGAGACUGUAGGAAUACCUGUGGAAACUGUGAGGGUCUCUAUGGACUAGACCCUGCAUCUAACCUGUAUAAAUGUGUGUAUGCUGGAAAGACCGUCACUAUCGUCUUCCUAUAGCUCUGGAGUACGUUUACCGUCAUACACAGGUUGAAAAAUGUUCUUAACAAAAGACCACCACCACUCAACCUGAGCACUGAAAGUGUGUUUUUCUCUGAUGUUCUGUAUAUAGAUGAAAAAUGACAACCCUGUCACUAAACUAAGCCAGACUGCUACCGGUUCAAGUUCAAGCUCUGGAAAGAGAAGAAGGGAGGACAGAGAAGGAAAAAAAAGGCAAGUUUAGAGUGAGCAGAAGAAGAAUGCCUUGUCCUGAUACACACGUGAUAGGAGAGAGGGCUGGGGGUUUGGGCUCAGGCUGGUCAUAUGCUAGGUUAUGUGAUAAGGUUGCACAAGUGUUCCUGUCAGUGAACUUUAAAAGAGGAAGAGAUGAAUCUUUCUUUUUACUCCUUCUCUCUAUCUUUACCUCUCCUGCUCUGCCGUCGUACAAGAGAUGAACAGCUGCAGAUAACAAAUCUUCCUCCUCCCUCCUCCUCCUCCUCCUCCUUCUCUUCUCCUUUCCACUCCAGCACAAUAGACAUACUGUUCAUUUCCUCCCUCUCAAGCAGAAACUGUAGACUCUUAAAUUAGAGACUUUUCUACUUUAAACACACACAAAGACACACACAGCUCCUGUUGUGGCUUGAAUUAUGGUUCUAUCCAUAUGUCUCUUAACUUUUUCCCACCAGGGAGAGUACAACAGAAGCUUGGACUUUAAACAGAUCAUAAAUAGCUUCAUAUACAUCAGGGCUUUCGGUUAAAACACUAACUCUACUUUUUGUGAGAAUGAAAGGGCUGGACUGUAAAUUGCCUUUUUCUGAUCAUACCAGCAAACACUUCUGACUUCUGUAGAUCAGAGCGGAGUUCUACCUGGAAACAAAAAUAUGUAGCAACCGGCCAAAACAAGCUGGACUGAGCAAAACUAUACGCAGAUGAUUCUCUAUUCAUCUUCUGGUAUUAACUCAAUGAUACUUAAAUUGACUUGAACUUUUUAAGAUUCAUGGUUUUAUAAUUUGUUUGUGUGGUAAACCCCUUGUAAGAGUUUGUGCUACAAAAAUAACUCAUGAAUCCAUGUGGCCCCUGACAGAAAAAUAAUCAGCAUUGAUUUCAUUGCAUUUGCAGGCUUCACUAGACAUUAUAUGUUAAUCAAUACAAGUGUUUACUAUGUAAUGCAUCAUCUGUGGAAGUAAACAAACAGGGAAUUAUAACACAACUCAGCAGCAUAGAUCAUUUUAGGACCUUUCAGCUUGUUGUUUUGGUCUUACAGCCUGAGAGUGUGUUCAAACUCUGCUUUUUACAGAGAAAACACUUUGACAGAGUCAGUUUACACUUCUCUGUCCAACAGCUAAGGAGCCAGAUAAUUAUAUAAGGCGCUGGACGAUGAUUUGGAUGUUGUUUAAAAACUGUUAUGAGUUACACAAAAGACUGUUUUUUUUUUUCUCAAUUACCCCUUCAAUACCUGAAAUUCUAAGGUAGCAUCACCCCUUCAAAUAUCUUUUUUUUUUAUUUGUAAUUUAAAGAAGAGGAUUGGGGUUAUGAAAAAAUAGAAUUGGAGGUUAGGCCAGAAAAAAAAGAAAAAUUUUCUUUUUUUUGUUCUCAGAAUUUAUACUUCAGAUUUAGAUUUUUUUUUUAAGUCAAUUUAUUUUAUUUUUAUCUUUUUACUGACCUAACCUCCAAAAAAAUAUUUUUUUCAGUAAAUAUUAUUUUCAGUGGCCCUGAUCCUCUUCUUUAAAUGGCAGAUAAUCUGUUUUUUUUAGUAGUCAUGGCCCGAACUUCAUACAACCUUUAACUUAAAGCUCCUGUGGACAACACACCUCCUCUGAUCUCUUAUCCAGUUGUAUAUUUUGUCCUGUAGAUAUGUCUAUAAGGGUUUCUGACUCUCCUUUAACUCAAGUUUCACUCACCUAGAAUCUUUGUUGUGGAACAUGUGAGUAAAAGCUUUAUCAGCAGCAUACAGGUAUAAUCACUUGGUCUGACACGUACCCCCCGGCUGCUGGUUUCAGACAUUAAAAAGAACUAUAUAGACAUGGUCACUUUUCUUGUUAAUGAUGUUGUUUGCUUUUUUCUGGUCAUAAAGAGACAUCAAUAUUAAUUCCAGUUUGUUUCAUUACAAGUUAAGAAGUCCUCACAGGAGCUUUAAAGGGAGGUGAAUAUUAUUACAUCAUGAGGUGAACAUAAACACAACUCCAAGAGAGCUGCUCAGUAAUGCACGUAUCUUUGACAGCAGCUCAGUGCAUGAAAGUAUGCAGCUGUGGUGAAAACUUGAGUUGUUCUAAGUAAAGUAAAGACUGUCUGUGUUGUGUUUACAGCUUGUUGUUAUGGCUCUGCAGAACCAAAAUCACUUAAUCAAGGUUUAAAUUUGACUCAUAGAUCAGUAAUAGCACAUGAUCGCUCUUUAAAAUAAUCACUAAUUGCUGCCAUGUUUUAUAAGUAUGAGUUAGCGGAUGUUAAGAAAGAAAUAAGCACUGUUGCUUUUGUUACCCUCAGUUUGAUAUCCUCAUACGCACUGAUUUAUGAUGGUGGUUAAACAGUUGACUGGAAACAUGUCUGAGGUGACCUGUUAUGAGAUUUUAAUGAAUACCCGUCAGCCAGCCAGAAACAUUUCCCUACAAAUGAUGUUAAAAUUUGAGCCCAUAUCCUUCCUCCUCUCUCCAAAUCACCUCCUGUUCAAGGAGACAAAAUGUUGAUUUCAUUACCAACAUUUGCAUAAUGUGCAUUCUGGUACGCAGCAGCAGCAGGACUCAGCAGCACUGCUGUGUCCUCCCCACCCUGAACAUAAAGAUCCCCUUGAGGAGGGGGUCCGAGUUCAUCAUGAGCACUUCCACACGCCUCAGUAUCAUACUGUAUAAACUGUCAUUUGUAUGUAGUUGUGUAUUUGCAUAGUGACUUAUGACCCUGUUGUUUAUGUUUAUACAUGUUGUACAUAGAAUACUGUAAGUAUUGGACCGACGCUGUGUGUAAGUGGUAACCUUACAAUACAAACACCACUCUGUCUAACAGUACCACUGUAGCUGUAACAUUUGUCAUUAGCUAACCUACCUUUUCCACUCACACAUUUUUUUGUACGUUUUGUCAUUGCACUGGAGAGAAAACAGCCAGAAAAAGAAGAAAGGAAAAAUAUCUGGGGGAAAAAGCAAAGAAAAAACAGAGAGGUGUCAGGGUUUUAAAGUUGAACAGGAUGGAGGCCUUGGAUGAAAAGAGGGAGGUCUUCUUCUGCUGUUGUUUUUUUUAAUUUUGUUUCCCAGUGCCUUGGCUCUGUGCUCUGUGGUGAAAUACACUGCCGUUUGCUGA